AUGGGGCGUGGAAUGAGAGGGGGAAGCGUGGAGGGCACAUAUGGGGCGCAUAUUGUGAGGGCGAAGCGCGCAGCGCACUCUUCUCUUGAAAACCCCCCGGUCUUUUCCCCACUGCACUCUUCCGUUUCCCUUACCCCCCCCCCACUCUCCUCAGUUUCCCCACUGCACUCUUCCGUUUUCCUUCCCCCCCCCGCCCUGCUCUCCUCAGUUUCCCCACUGCACUCUUCUGUUUCCCUCCCCUCCCCCCCCCCGCCCCGCUCUCCUCAGUUUCCCUACUGCACUCUUCUGUUUCCCUUCCCCCCCCCCCGCUCUCCUCAAAUUCCCCACUGCACUCUUCCGUUUCCCUUCCCCCCCCCCCCCCCCCCCCGCUCUCCUCAGUUUCCCCACUGCACUCUUCCGUUUUCCUCCCCCCCCCCCCCGCUCUCCUCAGUUUCCCCACUGCACUCUUCCGUUUCCCUUUCCCCCCUCGCUCUCCUCAGUUUCCCCACUGCACUCUUCCGUUUUCCUUCCCCCCCCCCCCCGCUCUCCUCAGUUUCCCCACUGCACCCUUCUGCUUCCCUUCCCCCCCCCCCCGCUCUCCUCAGUUUCCUCACUGCACGCUUCCGUUUCCUUUCCUCCGGCUCUCUUCAGGUUCCCUAG